ACCAAAGAUACCAAAAUGCCAAGAAGGAAAAAGGAAACAAACGACGACGAUGGAGCCAGCUCAUCUAAAAAACCUACACCAGACCCUGAUGUCGAACAAAGCGCAGUCUCCAGAAGACCACAACGAAUGGCGAAAUCAGUUGCCAUCGCCAAUAUGACUCAUACACCAGCGGCUCUUUCGCAUCAGCCAUCAUCAUCGAACCCGUCUCCAAAGAAGACACCGACCAAAAGAACAAGUGGUACUGCAAGACGAGUUUCUUCCUCUAUUAAAACCACUCCUGCGCUGAAAAUUGAUUCAUUGGAAUCUUCCGAGGAGACAGAAUCGCUGAGUAAAUCUACAAAGCAUGAUUUUUCUACAAAGAAAAUUGAAGUUAUCGACCUUACCGUCGACUCCGGGCCUUCUGGUCCCGACAUGCACCGUUCCAAUAUUGCCAUCAGGCUCAAGCGCGAACUGCUUCUUCUUCCAAAUUCGAUCGUGGUGAACAAAUCAAAGCUGGUACACGCAGUCAUCUGCCCAAAAAAGUUUGAAAAACUCCCAACUGGACUUCAACAGAUUUGCCAACUGGAUCGCAUGGAUUUUCUUGAUGGAAUAACGCUAGAAGGAGUUUUGUACCCAAAACCAGUAAUUAUCAUGGCUUCUCGACCAAUUUACCUAGAUCUGCACAAGGAUAUCGAUGAACAUGAAAAAUCGCAUUUCCAGUGGUUGGUCAGUAUGAUACAUGUGCGUGGAAUCGACUUCCAAGUGCUAGAAAACCCUACCCUUUACGACGACGCAAUUACGGUAAUUCAAUACUAUGCUGGAGAAGGUACAGAUGCAGAAGCUCGCCUUCAACGAGAAAAAGCACAAGUGCUAAAACUAUUAAGCACGGGAAAACUACUUGAUAAGUCGGAGACUAUCAAAAAAGCACAGUUGUUGCAACUAAAGUUGAACGAAGUCGAGUCAAGCGAACAAGCGGAAGAGGUGUUUGCAAAGUUUUCCAAAAACAUUCUGCCUUGCGUCGCAGCUGGAUAUAAAGGAUAUUACUUGAUGGACAAAAAUCAAAUUGAUGGACGAACAGUAGAACCAUUCAUCCCUAAAGCAGGCUGGAUUUGAAUUGAGUAACAUUUAUUUUCUUGAAAGUUUACAAAAUGUAUGUUUACUUUAAUGCUUUUAUAAACAUCAUGCAUAUUAAAAGCAUUUCUAUUUACCGUUGAAAUAUCAAACCAACAUAUACCAUAUAGCUUUAUCUUCUUGAUUCCAUUGUAUUGUAUUCUUUGUUCGUAAAAUUUUUGCGAUUUUUUACCCGUUACUUUCCUCUCCUUUGAAAUUGUUCCCCAACUUUCAUGCCAUUCACAGAUUGCAUUAUUAUUUCCAUUUCAAAUUUGUUCUUAAUAAAUAUAAUAAAACAAAUACAA